AUGCUGAGGAUGCGGACCAUGGGGUGGGCGCGCGCCUGGUGCCUGGGCUGCUGUCUCCUCUUGCCGCUCUCGGUAAGCCUGGCGGCCGCCAAGCAACUCCUCCGGUACCGACUGGCCGAGGAGGGCCCAGCAGACGUCCGCAUCGGCAACGUCGCCUCGGACUUGGGCAUCGUGACCGGCUCCGGUGAGGUGACUUUCAGCCUCGAGUCGGGCUCGGAGUACCUGAAGAUCGACAACCUCACCGGCGAGCUGAGUACCAGCGAGCGGCGCAUCGACCGCGAGAAGCUACCCCAGUGUCAGAUGAUCUUCGACGAAAACGAGUGCUUCCUGGACUUCGAGGUGUCGGUGAUCGGGCCCUCGCAGAGCUGGGUGGACCUGUUCGAGGGUCGGGUCAUCGUGCUCGACAUCAACGACAACACGCCCACCUUCCCGUCGCCCGUGCUCACGCUCACGGUGGAGGAGAACCGGCCAGUGGGCACUCUCUACCUGCUGCCCACUGCCACCGACCGUGAUUUCGGCCGCAACGGCAUCGAACGCUACGAGCUGCUCCAGGAGCCCGGGGGCGGCGGCGGCGGCGGCGAGGGCCGGCGCGCCGGGCCUGCAGACAGCGCCCCCUACCCCGGGGGCGGCGGGAACGGCGCGAGCGGUGGCGGCCCGGGUGGUUCCAAGAGGCAGCAGGACGCGCCAGAGGGCGGCGGCGGGACCAGCACCGGCGGCCGCAGCAGCGUGUUCGAACUGCAGGUGGCCGACACCCCGGAUGGCGAAAAGCAGCCGCAGCUGAUCGUGAAGGGGGCGCUGGACCGCGAACAGCGAGACUCCUACGAGUUGACCCUGCGUGUGCGCGACGGUGGCGACCCGCCUCGCUCCUCCCAGGCCAUCCUGCGGGUGCUCAUCACAGACGUGAACGACAACAGUCCCCACUUCGAGAAGAGCGUGUACGAGGCUGACCUGGCGGAGAACAGCGCCCCGGGGACCCCCAUCCUGCAGCUACGUGCCGCCGACCUGGACGUGGGGGUCAAUGGGCAGAUCGAGUACGUGUUCGGGGCGGCUACCGAGUCCGUGCGGCGCCUGCUGCGCCUCGACGAGACGUCCGGCUGGCUCAGUGUCCUGCACCGUAUCGACCGCGAGGAAGUGAACCAGCUGCGCUUCACCGUCAUGGCCCGCGAUCGCGGGCAGCCCCCCAAGACCGACAAGGCCACGGUGGUCCUUAAUAUAAAGGACGAGAACGACAAUGUGCCGUCCAUUGAAAUCCGCAAGAUCGGGCGUAUCCCACUAAAGGACGGGGUGGCCAACGUGGCCGAGGACGUUCUGGUGGACACUCCCAUCGCCCUGGUACAGGUGUCUGACCGAGACCAAGGCGAGAACGGAGUGGUCACCUGCACCGUGGUGGGCGAUGUGCCCUUCCAACUCAAGCCGGCCAGUGACACAGAGGGUGACCAGAACAAGAAAAAGUACUUCCUGCACACCUCGGCCCCUUUGGACUAUGAGACCACCCGGGAGUUCAACGUGGUCAUAGUGGCGGUGGACUCGGGCAGUCCCAGCCUCUCCAGCAACAACUCCCUGAUUGUCAAGGUGGGAGACACCAAUGACAACCCGCCCGUCUUCGGCCAGUCAGUGGUGGAGGUAUACUUUCCCGAGAACAACAUCCCCGGAGAGAGGGUAGCCACGGUGCUGGCGACGGACGCGGACAGCGGGAAAAACGCUGAAAUCGCCUACUCGCUGGACGCUUCCGUGGUGGGGAUCUUCGCCAUCGACCCCGAUUCCGGGGACAUUCUCGUCAAUACGGUGCUGGACCGCGAGCAGACUGACAGGUAUGAGUUUAAAGUUAACGCCAAAGACAAAGGCAUCCCGGUGCUACAGGGCAGCACCACAGUGAUUGUGCAGGUGGCUGACAAGAAUGACAAUGACCCUAAGUUUAUGCAGGAUGUCUUUACCUUUUAUGUGAAAGAAAAUUUGCAGCCCAACAGUCCCGUGGGAAUGGUCACAGUGAUGGAUGCUGACAAGGGGCGCAAUGCGGAGAUGAGUCUGUACAUAGAGGAGAACAGUAACAUUUUUUCCAUUGAAAAUGACACGGGGACCAUUUACUCCACAAUGUCUUUUGACCGGGAACAUCAGACUACAUACACAUUCAGAGUCAAGGCUGUGGAUGGGGGAGACCCUCCCAGAUCCGCAACAGCCACAGUCUCUCUCUUUGUGAUGGAUGAGAAUGACAAUGCCCCCACAGUUACCCUUCCCAGAAAUGUUUCCUACACUUUACUGCCACCUUCAAGUAAUGUCAGGACAGUAGUAGCUACGGUGUUGGCAACAGACAGCGAUGAUGGCAUCAAUGCAGACCUUAACUACAGCAUUGUGGGAGGGAAUCCCUUCAAGCUGUUUGAGAUUGAUUCCACCAGUGGUGUGGUUUCCCUAGUGGGAAAACUCACCCAAAAGCAUUAUGGCUUGCACAGAUUGGUGGUGCAAGUGAAUGAUAGUGGGCAGCCUUCCCAGUCUACCACGACUCUGGUGCAUGUGUUUGUCAAUGAAAGUGUUUCUAACGCAACUGUGAUUGACUCCCAGAUAGCCAGAAGUUUGCACACCCCACUCACCCAGGAUAUAGCCGGUGACCCAAGCUAUGAAAUAAGCAAACAGAGACUCAGUAUUGUCAUUGGGGUUGUUGCUGGAAUUAUGACGGUGAUUCUAAUCAUCUUAAUUGUAGUGAUGGCAAGAUAUUGCCGGUCCAAAAAUAAAAAUGGCUAUGAAGCCGGCAAAAAAGAUCAUGAAGACUUUUUUACACCGCAACAGCAUGACAAAUCUAAAAAGCCUAAAAAGGACAAGAGAAACAAAAAAUCUAAGCAGCCUCUCUACAGCAGCAUUGUCACUGUAGAAGCUUCUAAACCAAAUGGACAGAGGUAUGAUAGUGUCAAUGAGAAGCUGUCAGACAGCCCAAGCAUGGGCCGAUACCGAUCAGUUAACGGUGGGCCUGGCAGUCCUGACCUGGCCAGGCAUUACAAAUCUAGUUCCCCAUUGCCUACUGUCCAGCUUCACCCCCAGUCACCAACUGCAGGAAAAAAACACCAGGCCGUACAAGAUCUACCACCAGCUAACACAUUUGUGGGAGCAGGAGACAACAUUUCAAUUGGAUCAGAUCACUGCUCUGAGUACAGCUGUCAAACCAAUAACAAGUACAGCAAACAGGCACUAUAGAAGCCAGGGAUACAGCAGUGAACAUGAAAGAGGAAGUUUUGCCCUCAGGUGGAUACAGUGCAGACCACGAAACCCCCUGGCCACAUUGAGGAAUCGUGUAAAAUGAAUGUAUGUGCUCGUAAGUGAAAUACAUGUAAUGUUCCAACUCAAUGUGUUGGAUCCUAAUAGACCUGGAUUUGUCUUGUGUAAAAAGAAAUCGAUUCCCAAGGGGCAGGACCACUAGCUGAUUAAAAUGAAGCUCUGAUUUUGAAGAAAACAAAAAUGGCUUUAAAUUACAAUCUCUGCAAAAAGGAAUCAAACUAUAAUUUGCAACCAACUGAAAAAGAAAAUCAAGCUCUCAUAUGGAAUAAAGAAGGGAUGUGAGAGAGGUUUUGCAAUCUUAUCAAUUACUGUGGAGAAACAGAAUGAAAUAUCAUCAUACUCAAGAGUAUGAAAAUAACAGAAAAUCCCUUUCCUUCAGUUUGCACUUGAAUGGACUCAAGCAAAGAAUGGAGACCUGUAUCCUGUUACUGUUUACAGUUAAUAAGAUGGAGAUUAAUAUAGAUGUGAUUUCAUUUGCCUUGCUUGAACUAAUUGGAUGCAUUAUGUAGAAAUCACCUGAGGCUGUGCUAGAUCUACAAAGAAAAUGGAAGUGUAUACCUCAGGACUGAAUUCCGAGAAAAUUAGCUUGUUCAAGGCUAUUUCAUAAGGCACAAAGAAGAAAUACUACUGCCAAUCAGGGAAAGUGAGAAACUAGUGGACAUGAGAGAAAAUAAAACUUAGGUCAGUCUGAUACUUGUUGAAACAUAAUUUAUUAUGUUGUAAAAGUAGAAGCUCACAAUAUAUCUCACAGACAUUUUACACAAUUUCUGAUUGAAUUUAGGGUAAACCCUGUAAGUGUUAAAGGAAUGUAUGGCCAUUAUUUAAGAGGAAACUGGCUUUUAAAAUUUGUGGUCCCAUGCAUUUAUGUAUGCAGAGGAGGGCUUUUUAGAUUUUGUUUAAAAUGAAUUGCAUGCAGGAAGUACCUCUUUGCAUUAUAGUUACUUACUCAACUGAAGAUACUGUAUAAAGUCUAAUUUUUGUAUGGGUGUGAGUGUAUACGUAUGCAUUUGUGUGUGUGUAUAAGUGGAAGGAGGUAAAAUUUAAUGAUUGACAUUUGCACUUUGGUUUGUUACCUAGGAUGUAAAGAGGUAGAGUAAACCGUCUUAAGCCAUUUCGUAUAUGCCGUAAUCAUUAUUAAAGAUUAUUAUUCACAAAGGAAACAAUUCUGAAGAUAGAAUGACUACUGCAAAGGCUCUCCAAUUAAGUAUGAUAUUUAAUGCAAUUGAGCCAUUUAAAUUAAAAUGGUAGCAAUGUCUGGAAAUAAUGAGAGUAGGCUCUUGUGAAAUCAGUUUGAAGACAACUAGUUGGAAAGUCAUACUAUAUUCCUUAAGGUCUCCACUCAGUGACAGAGGAUGUGAAUCACAGAUUCUCUUAUAGAUGAGACUGGGGAAAUAUUUGUGUUCUAACUAUAACUUUUUAAUCUACCAAUAAGUUACAUGUGUUUUUUUCCCCAUUUUUCUUCAGUGUAAAUUAUAUAACAAGUGAUCAUAUAUUAACAUAGAUAAGAUAGUAAGUAUUUAAAACAGAUUGACAUAUUUUUUGAGGUCACCAUGUGCCAUAAUAAUUUUGAAGCUAUUGUUCUCUGGUAUUUGUAUUCAUUUCUCUUUAUAUCUUACCCUUUAACUUUAUAGUUGAAAUUUUUACCUUUUCUUUCUAUGUGACAAUCAACUGAAGCUGGUACCCUAUCUAUAUUAUUGCAGGGAUUUUUGUCUUUAUUUAUGCUAUUAUAAUAAAUUUUAAGUCUACAAACUGUAUAAUUCUAUUGUAUUGAAUAUUUUUCUGU